AUGCCAUCCGAAGUGAUAGUUCUAGAGAAUGAAGCAGAAUUCGGCAGCGAUGGUCUCGAAAACUCCAAUGAUGCUGAUGAUUUAUCCACAUCAACUUAUUGCAACAAGGAUCGAACCAUAAAUAGUUCUUAUUGUUUCAUGAAGCAACUAACAGCAAUUGCUCUGCCGCACCAAGAGCGUGGCCCAAAGUUCUUCUGCUACGAGUGUGAUUAUUACAUCCACACCCGACUCAGUAUGAUAACACACAUGAAGAUGCACAUGAUGCCAUUUUGCCCGGUCUGCUUCGAUACUUUUCAGUACGACCAAGAGGUGUCUGUUCACGUCAUCGAUUGCCAUCCUGAUAUCGUUCAAAACGAUGUCGUCGAACAGGCAGAGUUUCCUGUGGGCUACACCGAUGCAACGGUGGCCCCACCAAACUCGCCCAACCGAUGCUGCGAAGAUGUGAAGCAUACGACACUGGACGACUCAAGUUCGAUUCCUGUGCAAUUGGCUAAAAAGCUACGGGAGCAUCAGCGACGAAGCAACAAAUCGGUACAAAUCGGGAGAAUUUCUCGUGACGACAGCAUUAAGAAACCCUUCAGCCAAUCAUCUUCGCCAUCCUUUGGAUUGCGAAAGAUGGCCAGUAAACCGAAAGACGCUCGAUCGGCAAUACGAACACGGAACAUGGCUCAAACAGACGAUGUUCUCGUGCGUGUUACAUCCCGCUUCGGACGAGCGAUUAGUUUGAAAGUUCCUCAAUUCUAG